UUAAUAAUCAAGGGGAAGGGUGUUUAUUUUGGGGGGUUACUAAACAAGCCUAUAUUAGUGUUAUAUUCUAACUUGUAGGCCUACAACUAAACUACGGUUAACUUCAUUAUCGUUUGCUCAAGAUGGUCAGAACAGUUCAUUUAAAAAAGUCUGAGGAUUUGGAAGAAUCAAAAACAUCAAUACACUACAUUCCUUGUAAAAUACAUUUAGAUGGAAAUGCAGGGGUUUCGCAGUAUUUUUUGCCUGUUAACAAAGAGGGCAAACUUGAAGCAUCCUUCAGAGGCUAUCCAUUAAAAGGUGAAGUAGUGGAGCUGCCCAAGGGGUUUACUGGACUGAUAUUAGAAGAAAAAAUAGAAAGAAGCGACGCUCAUGAAAGAACACUUCACGUAACAAAAACUUUCAAUGAAAUAGUUUACUGGAACUGGGAUAAAUCGCCUACGAAAAAUGAUGUGUUUUUAGCAGCUUUAGAUUGGAUUGAUAUAGCAAAAGCAUUACACUCUCCUGUUGAUGAAUGACCAAAGUCGAGAUCCAGAAGAUCUUUAACCUUCACAUAACUAAAGUACAAAUUAAAGUGUACCGUCACGAUUAAGAUGAAAAAUGCAAUGAAUAUUGUGUAAAUUGAAUUUGUUAAUACUUAACACUGUUUGUACAUUGUAAUAAAUAGUUUUUUUUUUA